AAUUUGUUUUCUCUUUGAUUUUAAUCAUUGAUAGAAUUGAUUAAUUGAUUUAAAUUAGAUUUUUAUUCAUGUGUAGUGUUUUUUUUAACAUUUUCUCGUCGCCAUGAAUAUUAUCGAUAGAUGUUCAACUAUGCUAAAAGAAUUGAGUAAUUCUAAGGGUGAUUUUCUUCCUUUGCACAAUCAAGAGAUUGUUAGUGAAUGUUUGACAUCAAUAAGAAAAUUGUUUGAAGAAAAUCAAAAGGAAGCCUUAGAGCAAUCAACAAGUGAAAUUCAAUCAUCUCAAGAUGGACUGAUUGUUGUCAAAAUAAGACAUUCAAUCAUUUUAUUCAUAAAACGUUGUCUAAUUGCUUACCAUUAUGAAAGAUUGAACCGGUUAAAAAAACUUCGCUGGGAAUUUGGAGCUGAAUUACCAUGUGAAGUCUCUGGAAACCUCAGUCCCAAAGAGGUUGAAUGGUUUAACAUUUAUUGUUCAAAUUUAAGUACCUACAUGAGUAGGCUAAAUGAAGGACAAGGUUUUGAUUUAACCCUUAAUCAAACUGCUCCCAAAAGGGUUUAUAUUCAAGUCAAAUGUAUUGUUGAUCAUGGUGAUCAUGAAUUAGAUGAUGGAACAACCGUUUGUCUACAAAAAGACAGUUUAUACCAUUUACCAUUUUCUCAAUGUGAAAAAUUGAUACACCAAGGAAUCAUCGAGCAAGUUUUAGAUUAAAAUUAUAAUCAAUAAUUUAAACAUUUAA